UAAACACUCAAACACGUCACAGGAAGUCGUAUUCCCCGAAGAUUUGCAAAAACCAUAGUCCUUGUUUCUUGGUAGAGCACACUCACUUCUUACAAGACCUUAGUAAUAUAAGGGACAGACCGAUUUCAAGUUGCUGCGAUCUAUUUAGAGACACCAAGAUGCUCCCCAUACUUUUGUCCGUGCUUGCUGUUCUUCACAGCGUGUCGUCUGAUGUCAUCAUUAACGAACUGAACGCCGACAACCCCCAAUCAGACGACACGGAGUACAUCGAACUUUACAACACCGACAACAGCGCCGUCGCCUUGGAUACCUACGUCAUCGUGUUGUACAACGGAGCCAACGAUAUUGCGUACGACGUGAUAUAUCUGACGGGGAAGACCAUCCCAGCAAGGGGGUACUUUGUUAUAGGGUCCAGCAAUGUUGUUCCGACACCGGACUUUGUUCUUCCUGCGGACUCGAACAUCUUCCAGAACGGUCCGGACGGAGCAGCGCUGUACAACGGGGACCCUGGCAGCUUCUCUGUAGGGAUGGCGGUGACGGGGGUGGGGCUUGUAGACGCCAUCGUUUACUCAAGAUAUGCCGGUAGACCAGCAGAUGGUCUGAUAGCUAUCCUCACUCCUGGCCAGGACAUCGUCCUCGAAGACGAGAACUUCGACGUUCUGGACGAGUCCCUCAGCAGAUGUGGCGGCACAGACGCGCUCAACACGACCCAGUUCAACACAAGCUACCCCACCCCGGGCGCCGCAAACGACUGUAGCCUACCCCCGGCAGGGACAGUCACCCCUCCCGCUACCGUCUCUACCACCACCCCGGCGGGCGGAGCCGCCACUAACAGCCCGAUCCCAGACAUCAUCAUCAGCGAGCUGAACGCCGACAACCCUGGGUCCGAUGAUCAAGAAUACCUCGAGCUGCGCAGCAAAGGUUCUGUCACGGUCUCCCUCAGAAACUUCGUGGUCGUCUUUUACAACGGCGCGAACAACCAGGCCUACUACGUCCUGGAUUUAUCCAGCUACUCUAUCCCUGCACGUGGAUUCUUUACCAUCGGCUCAGCUAACGUCAGCCCCCGGCCAGACAUUGUAACAACCGACCUGAGCAUUCAGAACGGUCCAGACGCCGUGGCGCUUUACUACGGAGACCCCGGCAGCUUUAGUUCCGGCAUGACCGUGACGAACACCAACCUUCGCGAUGUUCUGAUCUACUCCAAAAGAUCGGGAGACACGGUGGCUGGUCUCUCGGACGUUCUGGCUCCCGGGCAGCAACUCGUGGUAGAGAACGAGCAGGCUGUUGCCGAGGACGAGUCUAUUAGUCGGUGCGGGGGUGUGGACGCGAAUACUUUGUCUCAAUUCCGGGUAACGUUCGCCACAGCUGGUGGAGAAAACAACUGCGCUCCUCUACCAACUCGACCACCUGUCACGACUGUGACCAUGCCGCCAACCACACCACUGCCUACAUCUGCUCCUAACGUCGUCAUAAACGAGGUAAACGCUGACAAUCCGGGAGCAGAUGACCAGGAAUACGUCGAACUUUUAAACAAAGAUUCCACCUCUGCCAGUCUCAACGGUUUGGUUCUCGUGUACUACAAUGGCGCGAAUGAUGCGGCGUACGCGGUGAUAGACCUAUCGGGAGGAACUCUACCCGCUAACGGGUUCUUCACCGUGGGUUCCAGCAACGUCGUGCCUCGUCCUGACGUGGUGACCGACACUAUGAUCCAAAAUGGCCCCGACGCUGUGGCCAUGUAUUACGGAAACGCCGCCGACUAUUUCGUCGGCAUGACGGCUUCGCGGGCGAACCUGGUUGAUGUGUUGUUGUACUCUAGUAGAACGGGGUCAACCGCGGACUCCCUUUUGGCUACUUUAGCACCGGGGCAGCAACUGGUGUACGAAAACACAGAUGGGACGGACAUAGACGUCUCGGCAAGUAGAUGCAGUGGUCUACAAGCUGUCAUGUUGUCGCAGUUUCAAGUCACUCGCCCCACUCCGGGAGGAGACAACAACUGUGCCCCCCUCCCCACGGUGGCUCCCACAGUCCCCACCACAGUCCCAGCAAUCGUUAUCAACGAGUUAAACAGUGACACACCAGGCGUUGACACGCUGGAAUUCAUCGAACUUUACAACAAAGGCAGCUCCACUGUUGAUAUUAGCGAUUUCCAACUUGUUCUCUACAACGGAGCCGACAACCUAGCUUACAUGGUUAUCCAGUUGACUGGAUCCAUUCCGGCGAACAGUUACUACACUGUUGGAUCAUCAACCGUCACACCUCGCCCUAACAUGGUAUUUGACGAUACAGAGAACGUUAUACACAACGGCAUCGAUGCUGUAGCGCUGCACUAUCAGCGCAGUGACAUUGCCGUAGGCGCAACGGUUAGCUCCGUCGGACUUGUAGAUGCCCUGGUCCACACGAAAUACACGCCUCCUACCGAGUCAGGCUUGAUCGACACGCUGACUCCAGGGCAACAACCGGCCUUAGAACUCUCGUACAUUACUUCAGGAGACACUUCUCUGGGAAGAUGCUCCGGUAGCGAUCCUCUAACCCUCGCACAGUUCCGUAUGACCCUCCCCACCCCCGGAGCGCCCAACAACUGCAACCCCCUCGCGACGUUACCGCCCCGAACCACCACGCAAACGCCGCCGGUAUCACAGAUCAUCAUCAACGAAAUGAACGCAGACAGCCCUUCUGUAGACGAUUACGAGUACAUCGAACUGUACAACAAAGAAAACCGUGACGUGCCUCUGGACUACUUUGUCUUGGUGCUUUACAACGGUAACACCAACACUGCGUACCGGGUUCUGUCCUUCAACGGCAGAGGUCUCACGAUUCCUCGCCAGGGCUACUUCACCAUAGGGACCAGGAACACGAACCCAGGGUUUGAAGUUUCAGAUAGUUUCCUUCAAAAUGGUCCCGACGCCAUAGCGCUGUACUACGGAGACGCGUCUCGGUACUCCCCCGGUAUGGACGUCACCAGUGACGGGCUUGUAGACGUGGUUGUGUACGUGAACAGCGGCGGAGACAGCGGUGCUGGUCUGACGGUAGCACUGACUCCCGGACAGCCGCCGCUUCACGAGGACAGUCGGGUACUCGAGCUGGACGAGUCCAUCGGUCGCUGUGCUGGUAACUCUCCCAUCACGCUAUCUCAAUUUAGAGUGAUGUUACCGACUCCGGGCCGACCUAACGACUGUUCCCCGCUACCCACGUCGGCACCAAACCCUGCCCCGGCGGUCGUGCUGAACGAACUCAACGCGGACAAUCCCGGUACCGACGACCGGGAGUACAUAGAGCUGUUCAACACGGACAGCGUGACUGUUCGCCUGGACAACAUGGUGCUCGUGUUGUUCAACGGCCAUGACAACGCCGCCUACGCCGUCAUAGACUUGUCACGUAACUCCAUCCCCGCGCGAGGAUACUUUGUCAUUGGGUCACCCAACCUGACGCCCUCCCCUGACAUAGUUCUCAUGCAGUCUCAGAACAUUCUUCAAAACGGCGUGGACGCUGUCGGGCUGUACUUCGGCAGGCCUAGCCAGUUCGUGGUCGGUAUGCCGGCCACGGGUGUCGAUCUAGUCGACGCCAUUGUAUACUCCAGACAGUACAACGAUUCCAAUCCCCAGCUCAUAAGCGCCCUCACUCCAGGCGAGUCGGUACUGCACGAAGAUGACCGCGAAUUCCAGAUGGACGAAACACUGAGCCGAUGCGGCGGCACUACGCCGUUCCAACUUUCUCUGUGGCAAGUAACGCCUCCGAGUCCAGGACAGGAGAACCGUUGUGCGCCCCCUAUAGUGAUAAACGAAGUUAACGCAGACAACCCGAGUGUCGAUGACCAAGAAUUUAUCGAACUUUACAACACUGAGCCCGUCAUGGGAUUCCGACUGGACAAAAUGGUGAUCGUCCUCUACGACGGGAGCUCCAACCUUCGAGCUUACAAAGUCAUCAAGUUGAACGGAACCAUCGAGCCAGACGGUUACUUUGUCAUCGGGUCAGGGAACGUGUCUCCACGGCCAGACAUGGUCCUACCCACCGACCAGAACAUCUUGCAGAACGGUCCGGACGCCGUCGCGCUGUACCAUCACACUGAGGACCGCGACAUGUACACCGUCGGCAUGGAACCUACAGACGCCUUCUUAGUGGACGUGUUGGUCUACUCCAGGAAUAGGCGUCCUACCGAACUCAUCAGCCGUCUGGCUCCCGGACAGGAGAUAGUGCUGGAAAGCUCUACUGUCUCGGAGGUGUCUGUGAGCAGGUGCGGCGGCAACGAUCGCAUCACGCUCUCACAGUUUCGGUCGACGUACCACACACCUGGAAGACCCAACAACUGCGCCCCCCUCCCCACCUUCCCUCCUCCAACCGGCUCCGUCACCACCGCCGCAAACGUUAGCCCUACCGGGCUCGUCAUCAACGAAGUCAACGCCGACAACCCGUCCUACGACACGGCAGAGUUCAUCGAACUCUACAACCCUGGAAAACUCAGGAUGUCGCUAGAUGGCGUUUUUCUCGUCCUGUACAACGGCGCCACCGACCUCGCUUACAACGUGGUAGAGUUGUCAGGGAACGAGGUCUCACCGGAGAGUUUCUUCGUCAUCGGAAGUGCAAAGGUCGACCCUCAGCCCGAUCUAGUUCUGGAGAGAAACGAGAACAUUCUUCAAAACGGCGAGGAUGGGAUAGCGCUGUACUACAACCCUGGAGGCAGGUACUACGGCGGCAUGACUGUCACGGCUGAGAACUUACUAGACGCGGUGGUGUACUCAACAAAUUAUUGGAAUGGUAGUAAUCUCAUCUUAAACACCCUGACUCCGGGACAACAAGCGCUACACGAGUACAGCAGGCACAACCCUGAUGACAUGGACGAAUCUCUAAGCAGAUGUAAGGGUGUGGACCCCAUCACAUUGUCACAAUUUGUCCUGGCCUAUCCUACACCUGGCGACAAGAACAACUGUGAGGGUCUACCGAACACUGGUAAAUACUCGUCAGGAUUGUCCCCAGGCGGAGUAGCCGGAGUGGUGAUAGCUGUACUGAUCGUACUGGGAGUAGCAGCGGUGGCAGGCUUCGUACUCUUCAGGAGAAAAACAUCAUUGACCUCGGAGUUCGGAGCGAAGGCAGAGUCGGGGAUAGGGUACAACAACAUGGGACCGGACAGUGCAGUCAAGGUGACCGGGCUGCCUGUAGCGUACGACGGCUUCGAUAACGUUCUCUACAACUUCGAGCACGGAGACAACCUCAACAAAGUCAACAACGUCGAGUCAGAUACGUAGAGGGCAGGGUCAUGGUUGAUAAAUACAAGUAGCUAGCUAUGGGGUGUGUUGUUUUCUUAUCGUCAAGCAUUAUGAGAUAUAGCUACGGCCUUUUUAUUAGUCACUUUAGAAGAGUUAACUUCAUUCACCCGAUGGACUUUAGUACUGUUUUGUAUUGCUUCUAAUGUAUGUAAGUUUGUAUGUGUGUAUGUAUGUAUGUAUGUAUGUAUGUAUGUAUGUAUGUAUGUGUGUGUGUGUGUGUGUGUAUGUAUGUAUGUGUGUAUGUAUGUAUGUAUGUAUGUGUGUGUGUGUGAGUGAAAGUGUGAGUGUGUGCGUGUUUCUGAGCUUCUGAGAUUUCCAAUAAAAUGUUAGACAAUGCAGAUUUCCACCAUAUACAAUUACAGAACAUUGUCAGUGCUACUAACUUUUGCCUGUAAGAUUUGAAGGUCUGAGUAGUAUGAGCCAUACACUGUGCAACAUUGCGCUUUACACUGCCUAGUAUACACGCUUUUAAGUCAUUAUGUUUAAACAAGUCACAGAGAAGAUAAUGAUUCAAUGUGUCUACAGACUCAAUAAACGAGUAUCUAUGUACUGUUACCACAAGAGUAUGACUUUAGGUCGUUACGUCAAAGUGAAAUUCAUUUACUUUUUAAGGUUGUAUAUUUCUGGUGGAAUUGAGUAUCACUGUGAGUAUCAUGCGCUCAAACAAAAGAAAAUUUCAUCAAACAAAAUAAUAGACAUUCUGACAACAUUUGCAGCUAUAAUCUGAUAAGUAUGUGUAUUUUGCUCGAUGUUUCUGUCUUCGCACAUACUGUAAUCCUUGUAUCACUGUUGUAUUGUAUCGUAUGAGUACUUCUAGAUUACAUAAAACAUGGCGCCAUUUUUUGUGGAAAUAGAGCUAUAUAUAGAAACUCAGUACGGUAACAGAUCAUAUAGUACACGUUAACUGGACUCAACUAUUUUGAAGAUAUUUUUUGUAAUAGUCAAACGACAAUGAUGAAUAAAUGAUGUAUCGAGAAAGACAUUCGUACUGCCAUUGUUGUCGAAAGAGGGUUGUUGAGAUUUCGUGACACCUUUUCAACGCGCCCUUCCGUAAAGAAGGUUUGUCAUACCUAUCUGCUAACGUGACAAUAACAACAAUUAAAUGUAUAUCCGGCAAGUUCUAUUCGUACGAACGCAUAGUCAACAUAUUAUUUUCAUAUUGUCGAUUUGUGAAAUAUUCUUGUUUGUUAAGGAUUCUUACUCCUAUUUUCGACUGGUUGUAUCUU